GAUGGCGUUGCCAAUGGGAGUUAGAACUCCCGGUUUCGCUUCGUCCGCCCGCUAUUCUCCUUCCCCGAUCUCGGAGACGCGUCGCAGGCCCAACAUUUCGAUUCUAAGAGAGGAGCGAGGAAGAGGCAGUCAGUGGGACUGGGAUGGGGUCGUGCGUCUCGAGGCCGGGUGGUUGCGUGGGAGGGCGGCGGAGAUCGCCGGGAGAGACGCGGCGGCGGCGGAGGACGACGAUCAGGCGGCGGGCGUCGACGCGGAGGACGAUGGAGAGGAUCGACGAAGCCGAUCCCGUGAUUCAAGCUAUGGCAUCAGCCGGGAGCAUCGAGGAAGCAUGGUUUGACACUUUCUCUGUGGUAGAAUCAGAUGAAGAGGAUUUCCAGAGCGUUCAGGAUGGCAAUCUUGCAGUCAUAACGAGCCCUUCGUCUUCUAAAGAUGACAAUCUUGGAGUCGUCAACCCAAAUGCUUCAUCCAUCUCUUCUUUUGACCAAAAGCAGAAUGGACGAAAAUUAUGGGAUCAGGCUUCGGUGAACUUGGAGAAUACUGUGAUAGCCUCUGUGAGUCAUGAGGAUGUGUCAGUCACUUCUGCGGACGAAAAUGCUGGUCAGGGUGACGACGGGAUAUUGGACAGUUGUGGUAUUCUGCAAAACAAUUGUUUGCCAUUCCUUGUCGUCACAACAUCCACAGUUGAAAAGCGAAAAGCCCUAAGCUCCAGUCCACCAAACUCGGCCAAAAAGGCUUCUUUGAAGCUUUCUUUCAAGCGGAAGUCAGGGGAAGCACAUGCUACAUCAACAUUAUUUUCUGCAAAGGCCUUCCUUGAAAAGCCACUAGCAGGAUCUCAGGUCCCGUUCUGCUUGCUAGAGAAGAAAAUGCUUGAUAGCUGGUCACACAUUGAGCCCAGUAUAUUCAGAGUUCGGGGUGGGCAUUACUUUAGGGAUAAGAAGAAAGAUUUUGCUCCAAAUUAUCCAGCAUAUUGUCCAUUUGGUGUUGAUGUCUACCUAUGCCAGCAGAAAAUUAAUCACAUCGCUCGAUUUGUGGAACUUCCUGUUUUAAAUCCAUCAAGCAAGUUCCCACCUAUUCUUGUAGUUAACAUUCAGGUUCCACUCUAUCCUGCUACUAUUUUUCAGAGUGAAAAUGAUGGUGAAGGAAUGUGCUUCGUCUUAUAUUUUAGGCUGUCUGAAGGCUACUCGAAGGAACUUCCAUCUCAUUUCUUGGAGAAUAUUAGAAGGCUAAUUGAUGAUGAGGUAGAAAGGGUCAGAGGUUUUCCUAUGGAUACACUGGUUCCCUUUCGAGAAAGGUUAAAAAUACUUGGUCAUGUAGCAAAUAUGGAGGAUCUUCCUUUAAGCAGUGCUGAGAGGAAGCUUAUGCAUGCGUACAAUGAGAAGCCAGUUCUCUCUCGUCCUCAGCAUGAUUUCUACCUGGGUAAAAAUUACUUUGAGAUUGAUCUGGACAUGCAUAGAUUUAGUUACAUAUCCAGAAAAGGAUUUGAAACAUUUCUUGACAGGCUGAAGCUGUGUGUAUUGGAUUUUGGCCUAACGAUACAGGGAAACAAACCUGAAGAACUACCAGAACAUAUAUUAUGCUGUGUGCGGUUAAAUGGGAUUGACUAUUCCAAUUACCUUCAACUUUCAGUUCAUUGACAUUGACGACAAAGAGAUUGAUCGUCUUUAUAUUAACAUUUUCAAAUGUGUAUGCUUCAUUGCAACUGAAGCAGCCAUGGACAACACAAAGAAUGACUUGCGGAAGUAGUCAUGGAUAGACAUGAAGAAGACUUUUGCAAGUUCUUAGAAAGUGUCCUCUUUGACAAUGGAUAACUGCCAGGAGGGUUUCUUCCUGUGGCAAAAUAAAGUUCAAUCUGCUAGUAGAUAGUCAGGAAAGUUGCUUCUGGAAUUUUUUAAUCAACCGAAGCAAUUGAUAACCAUUAGCCAUCCGUAAGCUGCACAUGAAAGAGUUGCAACUUCAAAGGCAUGGAUAGUUUUCCUUGGAUUACAAAUUCUGUUCAAAGUGUCACCCAAAGAUGCCACUGUUGUAGCUUCCCUGAAGAACGACAAAAAACAAUAUUCAAUUUUGUUGAUCCAUGAAAAAUAUGGUAAUCUUUUCUGCUAUUGUUCUGCUCCACCUCCUAAAUCUUGAUCUAGAUCUCUCAGAUUUUGCAUUUCCUGCUUCAAGAUCAGCUUAAGUGCAAAAAGAACUCCCAUUCAGUCAAGUCUUCGAGGGGUUUGCAAUGAGGUUGAAGACUCAAGAAUGAGCACAAUAGAGGCAAGAGUUAUAUGGAUUUUCUCCAAUUUGGUUGCCUUGUUUGUUGAUAGCAGAGAUUGAGGGUGAGGAAGUAGAACAAAUGCUUGUAUUUCUUCAGCCUAUUAGAUUGUGAUAUGUAAUCUAGCAAGAGAGAACAUAGAGCAAACAAAAAGAACAAAGGUGAGAAUACAAUUAUGCUCUUUUAUGUAAACAUUUAUUGUUCA